AUGACAAAGCAAUCACUUAAAGUGUUAUUCAUACCCGUGGAGGCCGUCGGCCACGUAAACGCUGCCGUAGGCAUUGCACAGGUACUUAUCGGUGCCGGACAUCGGGCACUGUUUGCCAUCGGUAGCCAAUGGACGGGUCGACUUGUCAACUAUGGCAUCGAAGAGAUUAUAUUACAACAACAACAACAACAGGAAAAACCUGCCGAUGAAGACCCGGCUAAGUACUGGUCGUCGAUAUUUGUCGGCUCCGGUGGUAUUGCGGCUACCGAUGCUAUUGAGACAUUGAAAAACUUGUCAAAAGCUCUCUACCCAACAAUCAUGAGCCAAAUGCGUCAAUUGAAUCCCAUUAUUGAAAAACUAUUGCCAACUCUUGAACCGGAUCUUAUAAUACUGGAUCAGGUGCUGGAAAUGCCGGCAGUAGUCAAGUCAGGUAUACCGUGGAUACAUACGUGUAGUUUUAAUCCGCUGAUGGCAGCCCUGGAUGAACAGCGGCUACCGCCACCCGGCUUAGGUUUACCAUCUAUUGCCACUAGUGUCUCUAUACGUAGGGAAUGGGAGACACAUAGACAGGCCAUUUGCGAUAUAAUAUACGAAUCGUGGAGCGACUACAACGACUAUAUUAUAUCCCAUGGUUUACCGCCACUACAAAAAUAUAAGUUUAUGCGCGGAUCACCCUAUUUGAACAUUUAUGGCUAUCCCGUAGAGUUAGACUAUCUAUUGGCCCGGGAAUUGCCACCGAAAUGGUACAGAUUUGACAAUCUUAAGCGCACCGAACAAUCGGUGGACUCUAACAACAAGUUUGAAAUACCGGAGCAACUGAUGAAAAACAAAUCGGGAAAAUUGAUAUACUUUUCUAUGGGAUCUAUGGGUGCAGCCGAUGUUGAAAACAUGAAACGUCUAUUGGCUAUACUGGGCCGUACUCGACACCGGUAUAUCGUAUCGAAAGGACCCAAACAUGACGACUACGAUCUACCGGGAAAUAUGUGGGGUCAGUCAUCGGUACCGCAAACCCAAGUACUACCAUUGGUCGAUUUGGUCAUUACGCACGGCGGCAAUAAUACCGUAACGGAAACAUUUUAUUUUGGUAAACCAAUGAUAGUAUUGCCACUGUUUGGCGAUCAGUACGAUAAUGCACAGCGGGUUCACGAGAAAGGCUAUGGUAUCAAAUUGGAUGCCUACCUGUGCAACGAAUAUGAACUGUUCAAUGCUAUCGAGUGUCUAAUCAAUGAUAAACAAUUACAGAAAAAGUUGGGCAAAAUAUCUGAACGAAUUCAACAGGAAAAUAGUAUCGGAAAGUUACCGGAAAUUUGCGAACGUCUAGUUAAUAAUAAUUCAAGUAAAUUACUACAUUAUGAUAAUGUUGAUAAUAAUAAUAAUAAUCUUGGUAAUUGUUGUGCAAUGGAAAAUAAUAAAAAACAUAAUAAAAAAUCAACAUCAAUUAGAAUAGUGCCUACGUUCAAAGUUUUUAAUUAA